GGCUCCUCCGAAGCCGUCGCAAGUAAGGCGAGGACAACUUAAUUUAAAGCACGGGUUCGGUUCCCCUGCUUUCUGUUAGGAGCGGAGUUGUCUGUCACCCACGACCAAUUAAUCACUUUGGAAACAACGAUCCGCGCAGUUUCUUUGCUUUGCUUUCCCCUCCUCUUCGAGGUCGCUCUGACCGCCUCUCGAAGCAGCAGGUGGGACCUUGGGAGCGCUGGGCGGCUCCACUGUCGCUUUCCUUUGCCAGUCGCCGCCGCGGGUCGGUUCAAAGGCCGGCACCCCAAACUCUGGCCGUCGUAAGCACCAUGGACAGCGAUCUCCUGCCCCGCUUGGACGCUGUGAGUUUCCGGAGCCUGUGGCAACGCUUCGACGCUGACGAUAAUGGUUACAUAGAAGGAAAAGAGCUUGAUAACUUUUUCUGUCAUCUGCUUGAGAUCCUGGGCAGUAAAAGCACCAUUACAGAAGAAAAGGUUCAGAGGAUGAAAGAACAAUUGAUGUCAACCUACAAUGUAACUAAUGAUGGACGCUUACAAAUACAAGAGCUUGCAAAUAUGAUUUUGACUGAGGAAGACAACUUUCUGCUACUUUUCCAAAGAGAAACUCCUUUGAAUAACAGCGUGGAGUUCAUGCGGAUUUGGCGUCAUUAUGAUGCUGACAGCAGUGGCUUUAUUUCAGCCGGUGAACUCCGAGACUUUCUGCAAGAUCUGUUUCGGCAGCACGAAAAAAACGUUUCCAAGGCAAAACUGCAAGAAUACACCGAUACCAUGAUGAAGCUCUUUGACAAAAACAAAGAUGGCCGGCUGGAUCUGAAUGACCUUGCAAGGAUUUUAGCUCUUCAGGAAAAUUUUCUCCUUCAAUUUAAACUGGAUGCUUCCAGUGGAGAAGAAAGAAAAAGAGACUUUGAGAAAAUCUUUGCACACUACGAUGUUAGUAAGACAGGAGCUCUUGAAGGUCCAGAAGUUGAUGGGUUUGUAAAAGACAUGAUGGAGCUUGUCAAGCCUAGCAUUACUGGUACAGAUCUGGAUAAAUUCCGAGAGAUCCUGCUUCAUCAUUGUGAUGUGAACAAGGAUGGAAAAAUUCAAAAAUCUGAACUUGCGUUAUGUUUGGGGAUUAAAAGUACCCCAUAGGCAUUAAUAUGCUUUUUUCUAUGAUUUAACAGCUUUUUUUUUCGUUUGUGAAAACCUGUGAAAACAUUUGUGAAAUCUUUUUCAGUACUUUGUAAUAAUAAUCUGCUACUUUAAACUUAGAAGAUAGGCUCAUGAAGAUUAAGGAUAUUCAAUUAGCAAGUAUGUAGUCACAAGUAUGUAUUCAGAUAGAAAAUGUGAUGAGUAGCAACUGGUUCUGUGUUGUUCAAAGGAGAUAUUACCUCUCAUAGUCUUAUACAUUUUGGAUCAAUGAGAAAGUUCUGUGAUUGCUGCAACAAGAAACGUUUCUGCUGUUUAUUUUGCUUUUAAUGUUUUAAUUCCCUCGACUAUGUCCUUCAUCUACUGUUCCCUUUGUUUUGUCCCUUCCUACUUUCAAGUACAAUAGAGGUAGUCCUCAACUUACAAUUGUGAUAGAGCCUGCCCAUUAUGGUCGUAAGUUGCAACAUUAAUAAAGUGGGUUAUCAUGUGACCAACCCAAUUUUACAACUUUUUUGCAGCAGUCGCUAAGCAAAUGUGAACCCAUUGUUGCUAUGGGAUAUUUUUGCCAAAACACACAAAUAAAUACCAAUUUUCAGCAAAAACAUCAUAAAUCAUGGUCAUGUGACGGUGAGACACUACAAGCAGCCAUAAAUGCAAUGACCCAAAAUGUGGUCACUUGGUUGUGGGAGAAGGCAGCUGUCAAAACUUUGGAACUAUGUCAUAAUUUCUAAUGAUCGCCAAGUGACCAGUUAUAAGCUGAGGAUGACCUGUAUGGCCUUUGAAACUGACACUGUUUUUUUUUUUGUAAGAACAUUUACAGAAAAAUAAAGCACAACAGUUGAUAACACAGAGUACAACUGGAAUGUAUAUUAUUGAUUAUGUAUCCAUAAGUUCCUGGGUAUAUUAUGUGUGAAAAUCUUUGUCUUUUUCAUGCCCUAUCUCCAAAGGCAGGAGAUUACAUAGCUGGGAAUUGUGAAGGUCUGUUGGGAAGCAACAAUGAAAAGUAUUGCUUCAUAAAUAUUUAUUUUUAAAAACUAUUUCAUUUCCCUACCAUUAAAAGAAUUCCAAAGUUUGCUCUGGUUUAUAACAUAUAUAAAAGUAAAUAAAAAUAGCUAAAAUGCUCCUUC